GAGCAACCUCUUACAUCUCGGAUCGUUGUAGUGUAGCCUUUUCCUCACUAAACAGGAUCGCAGCCAGAAGACCGCCUGACUAAUAUUGCACGCAAAAUAAGGACGCAACGAUCAGUGUAGCUUUUACAUCAGUGUUACAUUGAGUGUGCUUGAAUCACUGGCGGAUUUCCAACGGCUGAGCCUUCUAGCGUAGGCGGCAUCUGAAGGGACGUCGAGGGACUUUCUGGCUUGCAUGGAGAGCUAUAGAACCUGAGGGUAUACCAUGAGCUCUGACAACAGUCCCUUCCUAUGGAACCCAUCGCCCUUGACAAUCGUUGGAGUCCUGGUGCUCUGUGUUUUGGGAGUGGCGCUCCUGCACUUCAUGACACGCAGAGUCUAUCUGCGCGUCGUGAGGGAUCAGGCAAUGGCAGCGCAGCCGGCCCCAUCUGUGCAGCUGCAACCGCUGCCUCGAUGGCCGCCCGACCUUGAAGCGCCGCCUACACCUGUGCAGCCCACUGCUGCGCCGCGGCUUGCAGUGCUUGUCUUGCAGCCUGACAGCAAGAUUGUCUAUGCGGUGGAGGACUGCAGACAGGGGCCUGCUGCCAACAACGGUGGGUCGAGAAAAGACGGCGUGGCCAAGGCUCCCUUGGCGGCAGUAUGAUGGCAGCCUGCAGGCUUGCAAUUAGUCAUGCAGGUCUUAAAUCUGGUCACAGAUCUACUUCUGAGCGGC